ACAGAUGGUUUCAUAGAGAAAAAAAAGUAUAAGUAUAAAUUGAGUUGUCUUUGGUCUGGAAGAAAAAUUACUACACACCAUAAUAAUCGUACCGUAUUGUUAAAAAGAAAAUAGAUCGAUAGCAGCCAAUAAUCAAAUAAAAACUUAGUUUAAUGGGCAACUCGUAUAACAAAAAUAGUCAGUACAGAAACUCUUCCCAAUCUAUACCUUCACAACGUGAUAAACAAGCCUUCGCCAGCCAGUUUAGUUUGUCGCAUUUCGUCGGUAACCUUAGCGGGCGGUCGUUCCUGAGUGUUACAAGCAAUCAGUCCGUGUACAGCGCAUCUCGACCUUGGUCUCGAGUAUCCCGACGAAGAUGGAAUGAUUCCACUUUAAAAAAUCCACUUGAAGCCAGUAAGACUGCCUGGCCAGUGGCCCAUAAAGAAUCAAUUUUCCUGCCUGAAUUCCCCAUUUCAACCGAGCUACAACAGAGCGACUUUCACAUUGACAAAACCAUAGCCAAGGGAGCCUUUGGAGAAGUGUACAAAGUGAAAAAAGUUAGCGAAAACAAAGAAUAUGCUUUGAAAGUACUGAGUAAAGGACAGAUCGUGAGUGAGAACGCGAUACGACAAGUGAAAGAAGAGGCUCGUAUACAGACGGCGUGUGGCCACCAUUCCUUCAUUGCGGGCGCCGUGUCUCGGUGGCAGACGAAGAAAAGGCUUUAUAUUGUUUCAGAAUACAUUCCUGGAGGAGAACUUCUAGCACUACUUGACAAGUUUGGCAAGUUACCUGAGGAAAUAGUGAAGAUAUUUGUGGCCGAGAUCGCUAUUGCUCUUGAUUUCCUCCACAACGCGGGCGUAAUAUACCGAGAUUUGAAGCCAGAAAACAUUCUCCUGGACUCGGACUGCCACAUACGACUGAUUGACUUCGGGCUCUCCAAGUGGCUGUCCAUUGGCUCCCGGACUACCACGCUCUGCGGCACUCUCAAAUAUAUGGCUCCAGAAGUUCUUAGUCGGGAGCCCUAUGGACAUGCUGUAGACUGGUGGUCACUCGGGGUCCUCACCUGCCGCAUGCUGACCAACAAGUAUCCAACGCCAGCAGUGGGCAUAGCAAGAGACAAUGUCGUCGUCUCAAGAGCCAAAGAAAAUUUUGAUAGUUCUGAAGAGCACAGAAUCCAUUCCACCCGCCUUCUUCCCGGGACGCUGCCAGCGACAGCGGCGAACCUCCCGAAGGCUGCCCGUGGACUGCUGACCAGGCUCCUGGAGCGUGACCCCAAGGUCCGCAUGAGAAGCCUCAGGCAGAUGCAACAGUCGGCAUACUUCAUGGGCUUCAACUUUGAACAUGUGAAGGCAAAAAAGAUGAGCCCACGAACGAUAUUAAAAAGCUACUUUCCCGAAAACGUGCAAGAAAUAUCAAGGGAAAGUUUACGCUUACUAAGCCAAGGAGAUUUCUCUUCCUUCGAACAAAUGUCUUCUCACUAGUUUAUGUAGGAUAUAAAGAGAAGCGGUGGCAACUAUAGCAGUGAGAGCAGUGGUUGAAAGCCCGUGUAUGAUCGCAUGGUCAACGGUUCAAAUCCUACUUGAGCCACAUGAACAUGUAGACAAAUCUGAGUCAUCUUUAGUAGUUUUUAUAGAUCACCUCUUGCUGUAAAAGAAAAUAUAGUGAGGAAACCUGCACACAGGUUGACUAUAUAGCUUUAUGGUUGGUGUGCAGGCGACAAGUCAGUCAUUAAAGAUAAGGUAGUCGUGAAAGUCACACCUUGAAUAAUAUCUAAAAUCAAAUGUUAUUACUACAUUCCGGAAGCUAUUCCGGAAUCGUGUCUUAUGUCACUAGCAUACAUUUAAUGUAUAAUAGCACUGAAAUAAGUAUUUUACAUGUGUGUUGGAAAUAAAAUAAAUACGUACCUAAUUAAUUAAAUAAAUAAAUGUUUUAACCACG